AUGACGCUCGAUAUAGGCAACGACCCGCUGCUAUGUAAAGUGUUCCCUGCCAGUCUACAAGGUCAGGCUCUCUCAUGGUUCCAUCGCCUACCUCCUAACUCUGUGGAUAAUUUCAGAGACCUUUCAGAAGCUUUCGUAGGACAAUACCUAUGCUUCGCUCGGCAUAAACAAAACAUUAGCACCCUGCAUAACAUAAAAAUGAAGGAUAAUGAAUCCUUGAGGGAAUUCGUGAAACGAUUUGGCCAAGCUGUCCUACAAGUGGAAGCUUGCAGCAUGGACGCCGUCCUACAGAUCUUCAAGCGAAGCAUCUGUCCAAGCACUCCAUUUUUUGAGUCACUAGCUAAAAAGCCUCCCAUGACGAUGGACGACUUGUUUCGACGUGCGAACAAAUACUCAAUGCUUGAAGAUGACGUACGGGCAGCCACCCAGCAAGUGUUGGUUGCCGGACAGCCGUCCAAGGGUAAUACAGAAGGAAGCGCCAAACUUCCGGACAGGCCAAGGCCAUCCGAUCGAAGGCAAGAAGGGCCAAGCCGCCCGGAAAUGCCACCCCUCACACCCCUCUCCAUAACUUAUGAGAAGCUUCUCCCUAUGAUCCAAAGCAUGUCCGACUUCAGGUGGCCCAGACCCCUCGGAUCGGAUCCAUCCAAAAGAGAUCAUAGCAAAAAAUGCGCUUACCACAAGGAGCAUGGCCACACAACGGAGACGUGCAGAAGCCUCCAAUAUCUGGUGGAAAGGCUUAUAAAGGCGGGACAUUUAAGGCAAUACCUCCGCUCAAAUGCCAGAGAUAAAGACGCCUCCCGGAGCCACGACUCUGGAGCCCCCGUGGUUCUAGUCGCCCCCAAAGCCGUCAUAAACUACAUUAAUGGAAGUCCGUCGGAUGAAGAGAUAAAUUCCAAACGAAAGAGGCAAAAAUUGUUACGAGAAGCAAUGGUGCGUGAGCGCGUCAACUCCAUCCGGCCUGGGAUAACCGGAGGAAGCCCUCGCCCCAUAGACGGGACAAUCACUUUUCCACCAGUAGACCCUACACGGAUAUUACAUCCGCACCGUGAUGCCCUCAUUCUAUCCUUGGGGAUAGACAAAUUCGACGUAAGACGCAUCUUAAUUGACCCAGGCAGCUCAGCCGAUCUGGUGCAAGCAUCAAUCAUAAGCCACAUGGGACACAACUUAGUCGGUCUCGAAAACCCUGGAAGGAUUUUGUCCGGAUUCAACGGGGCAUCAACUAUUUCCUUGGGAGACAUUGUGCUGUCAGUCCAAGCUGGACCAGUCACUCUCAACGUUCAAUUUUUGGUGGUACAAGAUCUAUCACCCUUCAAUGUUAUCUUGGGACGCGCAUGGCUGCACUGCAUGAAAGCCAUCCCCUCCACAUACCAUCAGAUGGUAAGCUUUCUUACUGAGGAUGGGCAAAUCAACCUGUACGGCAGCCAGCUAGCCGCUCGCCAAUGCUACCAGAUAGCAAGAGAACCAGGGACCAGUCAGGAAGACGAAUCUCUCCCUGAGUCCACUCCCACACUUGACCAAUAA